AUGACAGCUGUGAGUGAAGACCUGGCCGCCCUUCGCCGGGAGGUGUCCGCCCUUCGUGAAGUGGUGGCUGCCCUUCGUGAAGAGAUGUCCGCCCUUCGUGGAGUGGUGGCCCCCCUUCGUGAAAAGGUGACCAUUCUGAGUGAGGUAGUGGCGAAGGACCAUUCGGACACGCAGAAGCUCAAGGGGGAGAACGCCGCACUUCACGAUGCGAUGGUCCGCCUGGAGCAGGCAGUUAUCGAAGAGCGGACCACUCGCCAGACCGUGGUGGAGGAUCUGCGGCAGGAGGUCCGCCGGCGAGCGGCGCCAUCCGGCCGUCCCCAGGGUAAAAUUACAAAAGCGUUUCAUGACGUCACGGUACAGACGGAGCCGCAGUCAUCGGCAGACAGUGAUACCACAGUGCUGAGAGAGGCGCUAAGGACCGUGACGACGUUCGACGCUCCGUCAGCCCUUGGCGAGGACCAGCUGACGGCGCUCCUGCAGAGUCUUCCUCGCUUGGAGGAGCUGACCGUCAGGGUCCCGUCCUUCGGAACGGGGCGGUGGCUGCGGCUGCUGCCGACGUCACUGAGGACGCUAUACGUUGCCGGGCCGGAGGUGACGAAGCCGAGGUGGCCGGGAUGGUACGGGAGUGGUCUGUCGGUAUCUCUUCAAGGGGUGGCUGCCGACACCAUCAGUCACCUGGCCACGGAGCUGGGGUCACGGAUUACCCUACUAGUCACAGAUGCACAAGUUACUACUAUUCCAAGUCAACUUCGUGGUGCCAUCAUCAGGGUGGGCCCAAACACUAUUAUCCUUCCGGCCGGAGUCGGUGACAGCGAGCUGACGGAGCUGCGGAGCUCACGGGAGACUGUGGAGCGGCUGUCAGUCUCCGCCGCCGACCUCCCGCUACUGAGGGAGCAGCUGCCGGAGGGCCUCGAGCGCCUCAAUGUCAGAGGGCCGGAGGUGACGAAGCCGAGGUGGCCGGUACGGUCCCCGUGCAGGGGUGGUCUGUCAGUGUCGCUCCAGGGGGUGGCUGCCGACACCAUCAGUCACCUGGCUGACCUGGGACGGACGGUCACACGACUGGAGAUAUACGAUUGUACUGAUCACACGACCGGCAGCCUGGAGCCCCUCACCAGGUGCCGUGGGCUGCAGGACCUAUCAGUCACCGCUGCCGACCUCCCGCGACUGAUUGGGCAGCUGCCGGAGGGCCUCUGGCGCCUAAAUGUCAGAGGGCCGGAGGUGACGGAGCCGAGGUGGCCGGAAUGGAACCCGUUGGCUCGUGGUCUGCCACUGCGCCACCUGCUGGACCUUCGCUGGAUCCGCCGAAAGCCCCUCAGGCGUCAGCACAUGGCCGAGGAACGAUACUCGAGUCCGGAAGAGCUCACACUUCUCCGGAUUCAGUGUGAGACCAGCCUGGUAGAGACGACCAAGCACGGCAUCAAGCUUUUUUAA